UGAUGAGGGUGAGGAGGAUGAGGGGAGCAGGACGAUGCUGAAGAGGAGGCUGAGGAUGAAGCAGAGAAAGCAGAGAGCGCGAUGAGGAAGAAGACGCAGAGCGAGAGGAAGGAAAAGCAGCAGCAGAGGAAGAGGAGGAGGAGGAAGGGGCUGGAACUUCCUGGGUCAGCGGCCUCGCCUCCAUCCGGUGCCCGGGCGGAGCCUCCCGGAGCGGCCGGGGGGGAUCCCCGGGACCCCCGAAGAUCGGCGGGAGCGGGGGUGGGGGAGGGGAGCCCUCGGCAGGGGUCCCGGUGCCCCUCCCCCACCAUGCAGGAGAGCUACGAGUCCCUGAUGCUGGAUUUCCCCAUUCCCAAGCCCACCGUCGUGUCCUGCCCGGAGCCCGAGGAGGAGCUGGGGGUCCCCGACCCCAACGACUCCAAGGAGUGGGAGAUCCUCAGGGUGGCGCCCCCAGACCCCGCCAGCGAGGAAGAAGAGGAGGAGGAAGAGGAGGAAGAGGAAGACCCACGCUCCCCCGCCCCUCCCCCGCCCCCUCCCCUCCCCCCUCCCCCACGCGGUCACCGAGGGCGUGGCUCCCGCCCCUUCGGCCGCCGCCCCCCCCCCGAGCCCGGAUCGCCCGCGCGGCGCUUCCGGUGCCGGGACUGCGGCGGGGCCUUCGCCCGCGGCCGCCAUCGCCGCGCGCGACAGCGCCCGCACGCGGGGGGCGAGCGCCCGUCCCGGCGGGGCCAGUGCGGCCGCGGCUCCCAGCUGGCCCAGGGCCAGCGCCGCAGGGCGGGACGGCGCUCCCCGGGGUGUGGCGAGUGCGGGCGUGGCUCCGUUUGGGGUCCUGAGGUGGCCACGCCCCUUGGCGAGCGCUCACCUGGGUGUGGCGAGUGCGGGCGUGGCUACACUUGGGGUCCUGAGGUGGCCACGCCCCUUGGCGAGCGCUCCCCGGGGUGUGGCCAAUGCGGGUGUGGCUCCAUUGGUGGUCCUGAGGUGGCCACGCCCCUUGGCGAGCGCUCCCUUGGGUGUGGCGAGUGCGGGCGUGGCUCCAUUUGCGGUCCUGAGGUGGCCACGCCCCUUGGCGAGCACUCCCCGGGGUGUGGCCAAUGCGGGUGUGGCUCCAUUUGCGGUCCUGAGGUGGCCACGCCCCUUGGCGAGCGCUCCCCCGGGUGUGGCGAGUGUGGGCGUGGCUCGGUUUGGAAUUCCCAGGUAGCCCCGCCCCUUGGCGAGCGCCCCUACGGUUGUGGCGAGUGUGGGAAGAGCUUCACCCGCAGCUCCAACCUGAGCUCUCACCUGCGGGCUCACCUGGGCCAGCGGCCGUACACCUGCGGUGACUGUGGGCGUGGCUUCAGCUACAGCUCCGCCUUCCUGAAGCACCGGCGGGCUCACCUGGGCGAGCGGGAGGGGCAGGAGGGCGAGCAGAGGAGGAGGAGGAGGAGGAAGGUGAAGGAGGAUGGGGGAGGGGCGGGCCAGCAGGACGCUCGCCACAGUUGCCCGCGGUGCGGGGCGGGGUUCGCCCAGGUGGGGGCGCUGCUGUCACACCUGAGGGGCCACGCCCCGGCCACGCCCUACAGGUGCGGGGAUUGCGGGAAGGGAUUCGGGGACAGCUCCGGGCUCAUCCGGCACCAGAGGCUGCACCUGGGCCCGGACAGACCCCGCCCCUCCCCCACCCGGGAAUUCGGGAUCCGCCUUUAA